AUGGCCACAACUACUCCUGCCACGGCGCCUACCAACGCCAUGCUUGACGAAACUCGUCUCUCGUCCGAUGAGAAGACUGAAGUCGGCUCCAACAACAUCAUCGAUACUUCAGCCGACAACAAAGAGCAACAGGCAGGCUCAAUCAGCAACAACAAUGUCGCCGGCGAAGAGCCCCAAUAUCCCGGCGCUGCAAAGCUCACGCUUAUCAUCUCGUCUCUCUGCCUCGCCAUCUUCCUUGUUGCUCUCGACCAGACCAUUAUUGCCCCUGCGCUUGGUGCCAUUACUGCAAAGUUCCAGAGCGUCAAGGACAUUGGAUGGUAUGGCUCUGCCUAUCUCCUCACCACGACGGCUCUGCAGCCCAUGUACGGAACCAUCUACAAGUACUUCAAUGUCAAGAUUGCCUACCUUGUUGCUGUCUUUAUCUUUGAGAUUGGUAGCUUGAUCUCGGCUGUUGCGCCCUCUUCUGUUGCCUUUAUUGUUGGCCGUGCCAUUGCUGGAAUUGGAACGGCUGGUCUCUUCUCUGGCUCUAUCGUCAUCCUCUCUCUCAUCAUGCCUCUUGAAAAGCGUCCUCUUGCUUUCGGUCUCAUUGGUGGCAUGUGGGGUAUUGCUUCCGUAGCUGGCCCUCUUCUCGGAGGCGCUUUCACAGAGCAUGCUACUUGGCGUUGGUGUUUCUACAUCAACCUGCCCAUUGGUGGAAUCGCCAUGGUCAUCGUCUUCUUCUUCGUCCAUGUCAAGCGCAACUCCACCGACGACGACCACCUCUCCCUCAUGGCCCGUGUCCGCAAGCUCGAUCUUGCUGGUGCCGCUAUCUUCAUCCCUGCCAUUGUCUGCCUUCUCCUUGCUCUGCAGUGGGGUGGUGCCGACUAUCCUUGGAACAACUCUCGCAUUAUUGGCCUCUUCUGCGGUUUCGGUGCCAUGAUUGCCAUCUUCAUCGUUAUCCAGUUCCGACAAGGUGAUCGAGGAACUCUUCCUCCUCGUCUGUUCAAGAACCGCAACACCCUGGCCGCCAUGAUGUUCUCCAUGUUCUUCGGUGCUGGUUUCUUCCCUCUUAUCUACUAUCUCUCUCUCUACUUCCAGGCUAUCCAGGGUGUUAGUGCCGUCCAAGCUGGAAUUAAGAUUCUCCCUCUCCUCCUUGCUACCGUUCUUUGCUCUAUCGUUACAGGAGGCCUGAUUACCGCCAUUGGUUACUACAACUAUGUCGUCAUCCCUUGCAUGAUCCUUUACACUGUCGGCUGCGGCAUGCUCACAACCCUUGAUGUCGACUCUCCCCUCAAGGAGUGGUUCGGUUACCAGGUCAUCGCUGGCCUGGGUAUCGGAGCGGGCUUCCAGAUCGGUGUUCUCAUUAUUCAGACUGUACUGCCCCAGGACUGGGUUCCCGUCGGUACCGCUUGUGUGCAGUUCUUCCAAGCUUUUGGUGGAGCUUUGUUCAUCGCUGUUGCUCAAACUGUGUUCCAGAACGGCCUCAUCGACACACUCAAGGCUGACGACAUUGGCAUUGAUCCUACCAUUUUCAUCAACAUCGGAGCCUCGGAGAUUGAGGACACCCUGAAGAAAAUGGGCCGCCUGGAUGCCCUCGACACUGUCCUGGAGGCGUACAUGAAGGGUCUCCGUGAUACCUUCUACAUUUCCCUGGCUUGCGCUGCUUGUGCUCUUAUUGCUUGUUUGUGUUUCCAGUGGAGGUCUGUCAAGAAGGGCCCCAAUGGCGAGGACAGGAAGCCCGAGCCUGCCGUGCCUGUCUAA